GUGACCGCGUUGCUGCGCUUACAUUGGACACCGUCAUUUUUUUUGUGUUUAGGGCCUCGAACGCGGCUUCGCAUCGCACACAGCGGAUUCUACGCAGAUCAGCAUCGGCGCUUGGUGCGUCGUUAGGCCCGCACAUCUUCAUUGCGCGUGUACUCCAGCGUAAGUGACGUCGCUGACGCACAACAUAGAAGAAGAACACAGUAAAUGUGCUUGUGUUGACGCAUAGCUGCCGCAUCGCAUUGCCUUGAGCCAAUGGACUGCGUCGCUCUUCUCACCGAAAAGGUGGACCUCCGCGACUACCCGGACUACGCCGCCUGCACUCGCGCCAAUGAACUGAUUGGGGCGACGCUGUGCGAGUACUACGCGGCCACCGGCAUGCGCUACACGGUCCCUCUCUGCUACGCCGCCUCCAUCGCGUACUUCUACUUGUACCACCGCCCACGCCUCUCCUUUGCGGACCGGCCGCUGUCCAAACUGCACCACGUCUUCUUUCCCAGUGCGGGUUACAGCACCCCGUUGGGCAUGCUGGGCGGGAUCGGUGUGGGCCUGCAUCAGUGUGCGCAGGACGUGUCGCCUGCCGGUCUGCGGGCGACGACGCAGCGGGAGAAGGCGGAUGCUGUCAUGGCAGCCUCGCAGUACACGCUGCGCCGCCACGCCGCGGAAGCGCAGCUGCGGGCGGAGCAGUCGUUCGUGUCCAAGGCGCUUGUGGGACUGCACCUGCAUACCGAUCCGGUCAGGGAGGAGCUGAGCCGGCUGGGCUUGGGCGAGGCGAAGAUGCCGUGGGAGUCGCUACUGGUCCCGCACGGUGUUCUCUGGACCGCAGCGCACUCGACGGUGCACGACGCGUCACGGUACAAAGACUAUCGCGGACCUGUCGAGGCACCCGCUGCGACGCCUGAAGUUUCUUCCUCUUCAGCCGCUACGGUGGGUGUGGAGAAGCAGCCGAAAGGACUGCACAGUCGGCCAACGCCGUACUUCACGAAGCUCCAAACGGACGCGCUGGUGAGUCGGGCCGCCACGCUGCGCUCGUCGCCGGAUGAGGAUCGGUGGAUGCGCACAACCGGACGAUGUAGCGCCUAUGGCAUCUUCACGAUGCUGCUCGCGUGGAAUAGCGGCAAUGCGCUGUUUCGCCUGAGCAUGGGUCUUGGAUUGGGUGUGACGGUGGGGACCGUGGUGUCGGCGACACGGCUGGACCAAAUGUUCGUGCACCUGUGA